AUGACGCGGAACGGCGGCAGACGUGGCGGGCCGUGGUCGGAGGUAUGGUUCCAGAACCGGCGCGCCAAGUGGCGCAAGACGGAGAAGACGUGGGGCCGCUCCACCAUCAUGGCCGAGUACGGCCUGUACGGCGCCAUGGUGCGCCACUCGCUGCCGCUGCCAGAGACCAUCACCAAGUCGGUCAGCGAGGACAAGGACUGCCCGGCUCCUUGGCUGCUCGGCAUGCACCGUAAGUCGCUGGAGGCCGCCGAGCAGCUGAAGAACGUCGGAGACGACGAGACGAGCAGUCAGACGGGCAGCAGCGACGAGCAGCCGCACGCGCCGCCACGGCUGACGGUCGGCACGGGCCGGCGCCCCCAGCGCGGGGUCGGCGCCCCCAGCGUGGGGCCGGUGGAGUAG